CUCGGACGGUGAUUGGACUCCCCUGAGUAGACUCGGACUGGGAUUGGUGCGAGGAGGGGCCAGAGCCUUCGGGCACCGUGGGCUGCGGUGUUGGGGAGGCGGUGGUCACCCAGGAGCCGGCGGGUCGCACAGCUCCUUUGCAGGCCGUGUGCGGUUCGCGCACGGCCGGGUCGGGGGAAGGAGCAAGAGGCCCUCCCCGACUUCAUCACGCGGGGGCGGGAGUGGCGCUUGUCGCGUGUCGGGCCGGGGCCAGUGGGGCGGGCGGCGGGAGGGCGGUGGUAGUGGAAGGAGUGAGAGGUGCAGGGGUCUGGGAGUUGGCGGCGGCAGGACCAGCUCAAGACUUAGACCUGGCAGCGCUUCCGGGGAGGAGGACUUGGGGGGCACAGGAGGGCGUGGGCGCGUCUGGUAUGGGAUGCCAUGGAAAGGAGGGGGCCCUCCUAAGUAGAUCUGUGGAUGGUUCUUUUGACGACUCCUCUUCUACCAUUUUGCCCUUUGAAUUGCCGAAGAGAGAGUCCCCAUGGUCUCUGCUCAAAUUCUGCAAACUUUCUCUUUGGGUGGGCUUAAUCACCUACUACUUCAUUAUAGAGCUGCCCACCGCCUUUUGUGAUACUGGGCACAAACGUGGGGAAUAUGUCAGAAAAGAGGAAGCCGCUGCUGGGCUUCGUGGGCAAACUCCCCGGUGGGACUGCGCUUGGGAACUCAGGCAAGACUCACUGCCCUUUGUGCAUGGGGCUUUUCAAAGCCCCCAGGCUCUUGCCUUGUUUGCACACAGUUUGCACCACGUGUCUGGAGCAGCUGGAACCCUUCUCAGUAGUGGACAUCAGAGGGGGAGACUCUGACACAAGCUCUGAGGGGUCAAUAUUCCAGGAACUCAAGCCUCCCAGUCUGCAGCCGCAGAUCGGCAUCCUCUGUCCGGUAUGUGAUGCUCAGGUGGACCUGCCCAUGGGUGGAGUGAAGGCUUUAACCAUAGACCACCUGGCCAUGAAUGACGUGAUGCUGGAGAGUCUUCAAGGGGAAGGCCAGGGCCUGGUGUGUGACCUGUGCAGCGACAGAGAAGUGGAGAAGAGAUGUCAGACCUGCAAAGCCAAUCUCUGUCACUUCUGCUGCCAGGCGCAUAGGCGGCAGAAGAAGACAACUUACCAUACGAUGGUGGACCUAAAAGACUUAAAAGGCUGCAGCAGGAUUGGGAAGCCCAUUCUGUGUCCUGCGCACCCUGCAGAGGACCUGAGGCUGUUCUGUGAGCUCUGCGACCGGCCCGUGUGUCGGGACUGUGUGGUGGGGGAGCACCGGGAGCACCCCUGUGACUUCACAAGCAAUGUUAUCCACAAGCAUGGGGACGCGGUGCGGGAGCUCCUCAAAGGCACCCAGCCCCACGUGGAGGUGUUGGAGGAAGCCCUCGCACAGAUCAAAGGGAUGAACAGUGCCCUCCAGGAGCAGGUGGGGGCUGUGGCCGCCGACGUGCACGCAUUCUCUGAGGGCUACAUCAAGGCCAUUGAGGAGCACCGGGACAAGCUGCUGAAGCAGCUGGAAGACAUACGGGUCCAGAAGGAAAACUCCCUGCAGCUGCAGAAGGCCCAGCUGGAGCAGCUGCUAGCUGACCUGCGGACUGGUGUGGAGUUCACAGAGCACCUGCUGACCAGUGGUUCAGACCUGGAGAUCCUCAUCACCAAGGGGGUGGUAGUAGAACGGCUCACAAAGCUGAACAAAGUCAAAUAUAGUGUCCAUCCUGGAGUAAACGAUAAGAUAUGCUUCUCUCCUCAGCAGAAAGCAGGCCGGUGCCGUGGCUAUGAAGUUUAUGGGGCCAUCCAUACCAAAGAGGUCGAUCCAGCCAAAUGUGUCCUUCAAGGAGAAGAUCUCCACCGAGCCCGGGAGAAACAGACAGCCUCUUUCACCCUGCUGUGUAAGGAUGCGGCAGGAGAGAGCAUGGGCCGGGGAGGAGACAGCGUGCGAGUCGCGGUCAUCCCUAAAGAUAAGAAAGACAGUCCAGUCAGAGCGCUGGUGCAAGAUAACAAGGAUGGGACGUACUACGUCUCCUACACCCCCAAGGAGCCUGGUGUCUAUACCGUGUUGGUCUGCGUCAAAGAGCAGCAUGUGCGGGGCUCGCCGUUCACCGUGACCGUGAGGAAAAAGCAUCGGCCACACGCGGGCGUGUUUCACUGCUGCACGUUCUGCUCCAGCGGAGGCCAGAAGACUGCUCGCUGUGCUUGUGGAGGCACCAUGCCAGGUGGGUACCUAGGCUGCGGCCACGGACACAAAGGCCACCCGGGUCGCCCGCACUGGUCAUGCUGUGGGAAGUUUGCCGAGAAGUCGGAAUGCACGUGGACAGGUGGGCAGAACGCACCAAGGAGUCUCCUCAGGACUGUGGCACUCUGAUGCCUUCCUGGGUACGUGGCCAGCCCGUUAGCUGCAGCCAGUUCAACUUCCAAUUACCAGAGGACCCCAGACCUGGAUUAAUUCUGAAGAAACGGAUAGAAUUAAAAACAGAGUGCCUUAUCUUACACUCUCAAUUUCCAGUCUUUUCUUGUGAGUCACUCACUGAUGGUAUGUACAGACGAUUGAGCACCAGAGACCACGUUUCUCUUCCUGAUGGUUGGCAGGGUUCAUUCUACACUGAGGCUCCCUUUUCUUGUGCAGGAACGGAGCAAUCUACGCUGUUGGAACUUAGCGAUCAUGGGGAGAGUUCAGUUCCUGACUUCUGGAUAUGUAACUCGCUUAUUUCUCCCUAAGCCACAUGUUUGCUGUUUCCCUCAAAGAAUUAAAAACUGCUUUUCAUCAUAUCUACUUUUUGCUAGUACACUUUAAAUGGAUUAUAAUGGGAUCUUGCUGUUUUGGUGGAGGUCCCCGGCUUCACCCCCAGGCCACGUUCAUCUCCUACUCGCCAGCCUAGAUUACUGUUUGGUCAAGGGCAUACAAGUAGUAAGUAAAUAAAGGGAAACUGUUGAAAUACCACUUCAGAAAUUUGUUACAGGUCUACUCUUGCCAGGCACUCUGGAUACUUUCAUCCUCCUCACAUCUCCCAACCCUCUGUUAUUUAGAGAGCAGUCUUCCCUUCUGUCUGUAGAGCUAGAAAGUUCAGUAGAAGCUCUGAGUCCUAGUGUGCCUGCUUAGCUGUCAGAGCCUGAAAGAACUCUGGGAAGAGGCAGCACGCAGCGCUGGUGCUGCAUCCCUGCCGAGGGCUUCCCUGCAUAUAGUCGGUGUGUUCUUCUGGGACUCCUGAUUUCAGUGUGUAUUAGCUAUCACUACUGAAAUCGGCAUUGCAAGAGCCAUUAAGAAGCAGGUGACUCAUUUGAGCAGUGAAUUGGGUCAGGCAAAGGAAGUGAAGUAAGCAGACGCAACAUGGACUGUCGGGUCAUCAUGGGAUACAUUUCUUUCCUCCUUAGGGCUGAUAGAUGUGAGCUACAUCAUUGCCGUAAAUCCUAAGAUACUCACUGUAUUCCCACCCUUUUCUGGGAAGAUUCCCUUCGGUGCUCUCUAACCCAAAUCUGAUCUUCCCAGAAGACAGUGAUGGCCCUGCGAGCCUCGCAAAGUGUUAGUUAGCUACUUGCUCUUCCUCACUCCGCUGGGCCCCAAGUCAGGUAGGUGUCCUGUGAGCUCAUCACUGCUGCUUUAGGAUCAGCAUUUCUCAGCCAGGAGCGGUCUUUCCCCACCAGGGACAUUUAGUCAAGUCUUAGAGACAUUUUUCCUUGUACAGCUGGAGGCUGGUGCUACAUCUGUUGUGUAGAAGUCUGGAAUGCUGCCCAUCUCAGGACAGCCUUCUGCAACAGGGAAUUACCCAGCCCAAAAUACUCACCGUGCCACUGUUGAGAAACCCUGUUCCGGACCAUUCUCUCUCUUUUUUCAGAAAAUGGCCAGCCUUGAGGCUCAUGCCUCUCUACAACUUGCUGCACCCCCUCCCCCCCGUGGUUCAGCCAUCCACACAGCCCCGCAUCAUUCCCCCGCAUUCCUUAAGGAUUUUAGCCUGAGCUUGCUGCCACGGCAGAACCAUGCCCUUGGUCUCAGAGUAAUUCAGUAUCCACAUAGGCUUCUUAAUUCCGUGACCAAUUCUCUGCUCCUUUUCCCCUACCUUAGCCUACAGUCAGUCAUCCCUGAGAGCUGGCUAGAUUCCAGUUGUACCCUCUGCAUCCUUUCCAUUUCAAGCAUCCCAUGACCACAAGCUCCCAUCUCUCCAGCUUACCCAUGAUAAUAACCCGACUCUUCCUGGAACCCACAAUGCAGUGAUUCCCUCACCUUCUCGUGGUUCCCCCUCAUGCCCGCAUGUGCUUUCCUUCAUUCUCUCUCAGCUUAGAUUCUACAGACCAUCAUUAUAAUCACUCUCUUGUAUGUGGUCUCCCUGCCAUUCUUGAAAAAACCCCCAGUUGGAUCCAUCUCUCCCUCUAACCCGACUGGAUGAUCCUGGAGAAAAACACAAGAGCACGAGGACUUAGCCUCACUUUAAAUCUACGACCACUAAUGUCAGUGGGCUCUUAGCAUCACUUAGUUGUUUGACAACAUCUCUCUUGUCAGUUGGUUCCCCUGCUCUGCCAGACAAUUAUUUCAUACUUUCUUCUCAAACUCCACUUUCCACCCAGCUUCCCCUCUCCACUUAACGACCUUGCUUUUUAUUUCACCAAGAAAAUAAAAGGAUUCAGAAGAGAAUUCUCCUACCUUCUCACCACAUCUACAAAUCUGCCUAUAGCCUUAUCAAAAGCAAACCUCUGGGGCCGCCUGGGUGGCUCAGUGGGUUAAGUGUCUGCCUUCCGCUCAGGUCAUGAUCCCGGGGUCCUGAGACUGAGCCCCACACUGGGCUCCCUGCUCAGCAGGGAGUCUGCCUCUCCCUCUGCUUGUGUUCUCUCCCUCACUCUCUCACUCACUGUCUCAAGUAAAUAAAAUCUAAAAACAAAACAAAACAAAAAACAAACCUCUAUACUUGUAUGCCAGACCGCAUUGCAUCUCCACAACCCAGGAACAUAGCUCCAGGAAUUCCCUCAGGAACAUGUACAAUAUUCCCCCCUCUUUAAAAAAAACAGAUUUCCUUUGAUUUCUGUACUAGUCUGCUCGUGCUGCCAUGACCAAAUACCACACACUAUGGGGCUCCAACAACAGAAAUUUAUUUCUCUCAGUUCUGGAGGCUGGAAGUCCAAGGUGAAGGUGUCUCUCGAGGCCCCUCUCUUGGCUUCCAGGUGGCCGCUCCCUCCUGUGUCCUCACGUGGUCUUGCCUCCGUGCAGACACAUCCCCGGUGUCUCUUUCUCUUCUUACAAGGACACCGGUCCUACUGAGUUAGGGCCCACACUUCUGACCUCAUUUGACCUCAGUUAUCUCCUUAAAAGCCCAGUCUCCAAAUACUGUCACACUGGGGAUUGGGCUUCAGUCUAUGAAUUGGGGGGGUAACAAAAUUCAGUCCAUAACAUGUUUCACCCCUCUGACAACCACUCCAUUUUCUGCUUCCCUUUAAAAAACUGCAAAAAUAAUUGUUUGCUAUCUCUACUUCUCCUUGCGUCCUCUUAGAUCGAACCCAGUCAGCCUUUCUUCCACACCACUCCACUGCUCAUCAAGGUCCCCAGGAAUGUCCACAUUAUUGAACCUCAUGAUCAGUUCCUGAUGUUUCCAUCAACCGCAUUUAACACAGCUGAUCACUUUCCCCUCCUUGAAACAUUCCCUUCGCUUGUUUCGCAUGGCAUCACUCUCCAUUCUGUCUCACUGACUUCUGACUCUUCCUCUUUGCUAGUUCCUUCUCAUCUCCCCCGGUCCUACAUGUUGGACAGCCCUAAGGAUCCGUUCUUGCAUUUCUUUGUCGUCCCCCCUCCCUAGAUGAUCCCCUCCUCUCUUGACUCUAAAUACCAUUUAGACACUGAAAACUCCUACAUUUACCUCCCGCUCCAAAUUCCAACAGCUUAACACCUCCACUUGGAGGCAUUCCAGGCGCCUCAAAUUUCAGAUGUCCACAACAGAACUCUCAGUUUCCCAUUCUCGCUUCCCACCUGCCUAUACUAGCAAACUGCUUCUCCUGCAGUCUACUCCACCUCUUUAAGAGGAAAGUCCAAAUCCAUUCUUACAGGUGGUAGAGUCAGUGGCCUGGUAAACGUGCUUGCCUCCCCUCUCACGCACCACAUCCAAUCCAUGGGUGAGUCCGUUCGGCUUUCCCUUCAAAAUACAUCUGCCGAGCACGGCUUUCCACCUCCACGGCCACUAUCCUGGUGUAAGACACCAAGAUUUCUCCCCUGCCUCCUAGAUGGUCUCCCUGCUCCCACCCUUCCCCUCCUGUGGCCUGUUCUCCCCUCCAGAGUCAGAGAGGUCCUUCUGAAAUACCUCAGAUCAUGUCACUCUGCCGCUCAACACCCAACAUCUUCCCAUCUUACUCAGAACAAAGCCAGCGUUUACAUCAGCAUGUAAGAGCCUGUAUCCCGGCUCCCCGUUCUCUCAUUUCCUCCCCCUCACCCCAGUCACUCAUUCCAGCCCAACCUGCCUGCCUGGGGCUCUGCAAACUCUGCACAUACUCUGUGUAGCAGCCUUUAUGAUCACUGCCCUGCCGUCUGGAAUGUUCUUCUCACAGAUAUUUAAUGACUGAUUCUCUUUCUCCUCAGGUUUCGGCUCCUACCUCAAUCAUCAUCUUACGGGAGAGGUCCCUAACUACCCUCCAUAAAAUAGCACCUCCCCACCCCAGGGCCCCGCAUCACCCUCACUCAGCUUCAUCACUGUCUCACAUACAUAUUCUAUUUGUUUAAUGUUUGUUCUCUCAUAUUAGACUGUCAGCCCCAUGAAGGCAGGGACUUGACAUUUAUUGACCACAUUGUCCCCAUGUUCCUGGAACAUAGUAGAGGCUUAAUCAGUGUUUUGUUGAAUAAA